ACUCACUUUGUUCUCGAGACAAGAACAAAAUAUCUCUUAAUCAUCAUCAUCAUCAUUGUAAUUGUUGUUGUUGUUGUUGUUCAGGAUGAUGGAAUAGAAAACUUAUUGUUUGAAAGGAAAAAGAAAACACUUUUAUACUUAUGCAAUAUCAUAGCCUUGAAGAAGAUAUUAAACCCGGUUGUUCGGACUUUGUUGGUGUUUGUGGAGAUUGUUUUACAGGAAAGACGAGUGUUGUUCCACCACCCAAACCAAAGCGUUAUCCAAAACAACCUCCUUCUGUUUAUCGUCGCAAGUCCCAAAGUAGCGAUUCCCAUUAUAUGCCGACUUUGAGAGAUAUAUUGGCCAAAGUCAAGUUGUCUGAAGCACAAAUAAGUUCUCUAUGGGCAAGGUCCGAAAAGGAUGGAAGAACAGAUACCGAUUUGCCCGACGUAUUGACUGAAAUAAAGUCGCUGCAGGACGAUAUACGUGAAAAAGUUCAAAGACUGAGCCAAGCAAAAGUGGGAACCUAUUCCUUGAAAGGGAUACAAUCGGAAGAUAUCGAACAAGUUUUGAAAAGUUUUACGGAUACGGAAGAACGACUUGCAGAAUAUCUUAAAAUGCUAUCCAGUCAAUUGGAUAGAUUUGAAGACGAGUCCAAGGAAAUUCUAGUAGAGUUGAAUGAAGACAAGGAAACUUCCCUGAAUGAUUAUUUGCCAAGAAAUAUGAGAGAAUUGAUGUUAAGUUUUCGUAUAUUCAAAGAAAGAUGGGAAGCAUUGAUGGAUACUCAACUCAAAGACAAAAUGAAUAAUAUCGAUAAGAUUUUAAAGGAAGCUAGAAAACAAUUGGAGUCUAUUUACGGAAUCCAAAAUUCUCCUUCACGUUCUUCUUGGGAUAUUUUAUUACAAAACUCUCGAUCCCGAUCUUUGGAUCUAUUAGCAAAACAAUAUACGAAUAAGGAAAUGGACAAUGUCAAUCAUGAGAUUGUACCCAAUAAUAACAAUUACAGCAAUCAUAGAGAUGUUGCGAAUAUACAGAAGAAAUCAUUUGCUUCCAUGUUGUAUGAUUCGGGUACUCCGAGACGUCAAGAGGCUGUUACAGAAGUAUCCAGAAGACUGUCGAGAUGUUCUGUAGUAGGUGAUGGUAGAUGUCUAUUUAGAGCAGUUGCAAAGGGAAGAGCUUAUGCCAUAGGGAUCGAUAAUCUUUGGUCUGAAAAGGUAGAAAAAGAUGAAGCAGACAAGUUGCGAAGCAGAGUCGUUGCCGAAUUGAAAAAGCGAAAGGACUUGUUGACCGAAUUUUGUGUAGUGGAAGGAAAUUUUGAUGAGUAUGUACAAAACAUUGCGAAAACGUAUACAUAUGCGGGUGAACCAGAAUUGUUAUUGUUGGCUAGUAUUUUGCAUAUGCCUAUUGCAGUGUAUGUAUAUGAUUCACAAGCUUCGUCUAUGGAUACCGGUCCGUUUCGUCAAAUACAACUUUAUGGAAGACAAUUUAGGGGAGAGCCAUUGCAUUUACUUUAUAGUGAUGGAAUGCACUAUGACUUGUUAGUACCUGGUGAUAAGAAGCCUGGCCGAAAUGGACGUUUAUGAUGCUGCAUCAAGUUGCUUUUGCUCCUCAACUAUUCUAGACUAUUGGUUACUUACUG